AUGGACGAUGGUCACAUCACCUCGAGCAACGAUGGCAGCGCCGAGACGAGUAGUCACGAGCAAGAGUCGAGUAACCUCACUCGCAAAGGCAGCGGUCAUAGAAGAAGUCUCUCAGGAAGUCUCUCAGCUUUUCUAUUCCAGCGAUCUUCGAGCCAGGGCUCUGGCCAUGUCAACAAAGACUCUUCAUCCACGACACCUUCCGAGGAAGACGCCCCUCAAAGACCACCCAGCGCUAUGGCAAUGGCCGUCCAACAGAAGGGUAUCCGAAGACGGAAAGGGUCGCUUCGAAAAACAGCUCUGCUAGGCACAGGCAAGCUGCGCACUGAGGGCAAAGAGCGUCGUGGGACUCAAUUGGAACAAGUCGACUCGGUCGAAGGAAUACAGGACGAUAGCGCCUUUGCGGAAGGCGUCGCUUUAAUGAACUCGCCUUCUCCGUAUGACAUGUCAACGCCUCGUCCAAUAUCUAGCGUACCGCCUCCUGUGCCAAUUGGAACCCACCCAAUCCAUGGCGAUCCAUCCAAGAUUUUAGCCCAGGAGAAAGUGAACCAAAUAUUUCCAUCCCUCCAACGCCCUAGGACCGCCGACUCGACCGCCUCAACCACAGAUGAAGAAGAAUCCCCAAUCGCACCAUCAUUAAUCGCCAUUCCACCUCUGCCCAAAAGCAAACCAGACAGCUAUUUCCCACCUCAGCUCGUACGCCCUCUUACUCGACACACUACAGUGAGCUCACGGUCCUCCCCACUUGCCUCGCUUCCGCCUACUGUCCCUUCCCCCCCUCCUUCGGAAUGGGACUACUCCGAAACACGCUGGUGGGGAUGGAUCAUCCUCAUUGUGACUUGGAUUUUCUUCGUUGUGGGAAUGGGUAGCUGUUUUGAUGUGUGGAGUUGGGCUUGGGAUGUAGGAGAGACACCUUAUGCGCCGCCAGAGCUGGAGGAUGAUCCUACACUACCAGUCGUGGGCUAUUAUCCUGCGCUGAUCAUUCUUACGAGUGUCAUGGCUUGGGUGUGGGUGACAAUUGCCUGGGUGGGAAUGAAGUACUUUAAGCAUGCGAACAUCCCCGGAGAUGAGUAG